UCUCAAUUUCCCAACCAUAUUCAAUCCUCCUCCAAUUUAAGUAAUUAACUAGUACAACACCAUUCACCACCAAAAUUAAAAUGGCUAUUGAAUGUCAUCAUUUGCCAUUUCUCUUCCUAUUUUUUCUUGCAUGUGUACAACAGUACUCUUAUGGACUCGGAGUUUAUACUGGUUGGAAGAAUGCUCAUGCAACAUUCUAUGGCGGUUCUGAUGCUUCCGGUACCAUGGGAGGAGCAUGUGGAUACGGAAACUUGUACAGCCAAGGUUAUGGUACAAAUACUGCAGCUUUGAGCACUGUACUGUUUAAUAGUGGGUUGAGUUGUGGAUCUUGCUAUGAACUCAAGUGCAAUGUCAAUGCGGACCGUCGAUGGUGUCUACGUGGUACAAUCACAGUCACAGCCACCAACUUUUGCCCACCAAACUACGCCCUGGCUAAUAACAAUGGUGGCUGGUGUAAUCCCCCUCUUCGACACUUUGAUUUGGCUCAGCCUGCUUUCUUGAAAAUUGCUCUAUAUAGAGCUGGCAUUGUCCCUGUCAUCUAUAGAAGGGUGCCUUGCAUGAAGAAAGGAGGAAUGAGGUUCACCAUUAAUGGUCAUUCCUACUUCAACCUAGUGUUGAUAACUAACGUUGGAGGUGCAGGAGACAUCCAAUCAGUGUCCAUAAAAGGAUCAAAAACAGGGUGGCAAAAGAUGUCAAGAAAUUGGGGUCAAAAUUGGCAGAGUCACUCAUACCUUAAUGGCCAAAGUCUUUCUUUCAAAGUAAUAGCUAGUGAUGGAAGGAUAGUAACCACCUACAAUGUUGCUCCACCUAAUUGGCAAUUUGGACAAACUUUUCAAGGAGGUCAAUUCUAAGACAAGUUAAUUACUCCAUAUGUUUUAAGACAUGAAUUUAAUUCAAGGGGGCUUUAUUAUUUUUCAAACAAUAUGUAUGAAGUUAUUUGUCAAAAAAAAAUAA